AAAAAUUUUUAUGAAUUCCAAGUUAGCUUUAUACAAUAAAAAAAGUAUAUAUACAUAAAAAUAUAUAUGCAUAUUAAAUUUAUUUGGCUAUGUCAGCCAAGUCUGUUAAAUGUAAACCUAAUGUUCAAUUUACUGAGUCAAAAGUACGAACAAGAAGACAAACUGUUUUAUUAAAAAGUCUUGCAAAAGAUCAGUUAGAACCUUUGUCAACCAAACAAAAAAUAUUGAAACCAUUUCUUAAUAAUGCUAAUAUCACUCAAAAAAAUCAAAGAUCAGGAGUUGUGGGAAGAAUUUCCAACAAGCUAAAAAAUGAAAAAGAAGAAAAAGAAACAUGUGUAAACAAUGCUAAUAUAUUAAAUGAAUUUAUUGACAAAAAAAACAUUGAUAAUUUGAAAGUAGAAGAUUUAAAAGUACAGUCUUUGAAGAGAAAGAGAGGAAGACCAAAAAUGCAUGAUGAUAAUGUUAGCAUUAUAAAACUAAACCCAAAAAAGAACAAGAAAAAUAAUAUUAAUUAUAAUCAAAAGCAUAAAAGAACCCAACGUAUGGCAAGCUUAAAUGCCAUGGCAAAAGUUAAUGCUGUAUUUGACCGAGUGGAAUCAGUUACAAGUAAACCAGAGGGUACAAUUAUAGAAAUUAUUGAUAAAAAAAACUUAAGUGAAGAAUUAACUUCUGAUCAAAUAACUAGUUUUCAGAUAAACGAAAUAAACGAAAACAUUUUAGAUAGUAAAAAAGAAAGUAAUCAUAUUGAUGUUUCAGAACAAAUUACUUCAGAUAUAAUUGAUGUAAAUAAUAAAUGUCAUGGAGAUAAUUCUCCUUCUGCCGAAAAAACAGAAAAAACCCCAAUCUUUCCCAUUUGGAAAAAAUGUGGGACUUUUGAUAAAGCAAUUCAAACAGAUUGUCACCACAAAUAUGUACAAACAGAAUUCCCAAAAUUAAACAAAGACGAAAAGUGUAUGCAAGCUAACUGUUCAUGUCGUACUGAACAACCUAAAGUUUUUAAUAAUUAUUCUCCUAGCUAUAAAGCUGAUUCUCAGUUUCCUCUUUACAUGAAAAGUACAGUAUUAGCUCACAACGAACACCAUUCCAUUGUAUUACCUAUAACUAAAAAACACAUCUUUUAUGAUGUUGGAAAAAGCGUUGAAAAAAAUGACUACAGUAAUCAUAAUGUUUCAUCGCUUGUGAAUGAAUGUAGAAAGAAUUCUUUUUUAAAACACAGUGAAUUGUGUUCAAAAUUAAUAUACCUUAAAGAAAAUAAUUACCUUAAAAAUGAUAAACCUGAUAAUACAGUUGGGGAAGAAAAGAUGCAGUCUGCUGUAAAAAAUCUAAUAGAUAAAAAUCAUGUAUGUCCUAAAAAUAAGAUUAAUGACAUAACACAGAAUAUUUCAAAGAUGAAAAAGAAGCCUAAGCCAAACAAAAGUGUUAAAGCUUGCAACGGGUGGAGGUUUGAUGGUGAUUGUAUAGAAGAAAUUGUUAAAGUUCAUGGUGAAGACAUAACACGCAAGUUUUACACAGGCUUAUAUAGAAAAGAUGAAACAAUUUCUGUACAUGAUGCUGUACUAUUGCAAUCAGGAGCCAGACGAUAUAAUCUUGAUUAUAUUGCCAGAAUAUCUGCUAUAUGGGAGGAUACCAGUGGCUCAUACAAGGAUGAUAUGAUGAUAUCUGUAUUCUGGUAUUAUAAACCAGAGCAAAUAAGUGGGAAAUGUGCAGAAAUUUCUGUUGGAGAAAUGGAAGUAUUUGCAUCAAGACAUCAGGAUGACAAUAGUGUAGCUUGUAUUGUGGACAAAUGUUAUGUUAUCACUUUCCCACAAUUUAAUAGAUAUCGAGCUCAACAUAAGUUAUGGAAAGCAAAGUGUAAAGAGAAGUUAUCAGUCGUUCCAGAAAAUAAGAAAAUCUCUCGUUUAAUUCCAAGCCCAGAUAUAGAUCCUUCAAUUGUUUUUUUUUGCAGAUAUGCAUAUGACUAUCGCUUAGGAAGAAUUUUGAAAAAUUGAUUUUUAUUAGGUUUUAGAUUUAAAAUAGUUUGAUACAAUUUUUGUUUAGCCAUUGGUUAUCAUGGUUGGUAACCAUGGUUAAACAAUUUCACCAAUAAUUAAAAUUGGUUUAGCCAUUUCACCAAUACUAGAGUUUUGGUAAAAAGAUAAAAGCAAAGAACAUUUAAAAAGAAGUAAAAAAAAUUAUUUAAGUAAUUAGAAUUUUUGUAUUAGUUUUACUCGAACAUGAAAAUGAUUUUUUUUUAACCUGUAAACAAUCAUUAGAAUUUUUAGUGUUUUCAGUGCAACUGUUUGUCAAUGCUUUUUUUCAGCGUUUUUUACUAAAAUUUUUAGUUGUUUUUUUUUUGUUUUUUUCUCAUUUUAUUUUUUGUUGUGGUUUAUAACAUAUUUGUACUGAAAAAGCUGCAACUGUAAACAGAAGAAAUAUUUAUUAAA